UUGAGUGAGAUAAAAUCUCACCGCAGAUGCUGACAGGGUUGUCACUCCGAAAAACAAGUGAAUGUUUGAAAUAUAUUUUUCAGUACUGCUUUCAACUCAAUUCACUUUUGUUUACAUUAUGCCAUCGAUGCCUUCCAACAAUUGUUUAUUUUUUUUAAAUAUCUGUAACAAUGCAAAAUUACUUUUUUAAUAACAAUAAAAAAAUGGAAAAUAAUUAACGUGGCAGAAGAUAAACAACCAGCCAAUGGAAGUCAGUUGAUGUUAGCAGCGGACUAAAGCUGACAUAAAUUUCAAUCAAACUGAAAAAUAAAUAAAAUUAAAUGGAAAAAAGCAAGCUUUAUAAACUAGCCUUCAAAAUAUGUCCACCAAUUGCAUUGAUAUUCAGCAUCCUGGUGACAAUAACAACUCUGUACAUCAACGAAGGACUAUCACCGCUUUUUAUCUUCAUUUCGAUCCAAGUUUACCUGAACUGGUUCGCAAUUUACACGAUAAGCCAGGGAGUAAUGACUGCUAGACGUCAAACACGGGACGAGUCUGACUCUGACAGCGUGGCAAUAACCAUCGCACAGGAAUAUCCUGCAAAUGUGAAGUACUGGUACUGCGAUAAGUGCCAGAAUUAUACGUACAAGCCUACUCAGCAUUGCGUAGUAUGUAACAAGUGUUUCCACUACCGGGAUCAUCAUUGCUUCUUCAUCGGCGGCUGUGUCAUCCAGGAAAACAUGGGAAACUUUAUCCUAAUCUGCUUCCACACUUCUUUGGCUUGUCUCUACUCUCUGAUGGUAAUCAGGCCGUAUCUGUAUGAGAAUUUGAGAGAUAUAUUAGAGCAAGAUCCGAGUGUUGUCAACGUAAUCAUCAAUUUUUGCUUUCCAAUAGCAAUAGCAAGACUCUUGAUCUUCGGAAAAACUUCUUGCUUACUAUUGAUAACGUUGUUUGAUACUUUAUUUUCGGUGUGGAUCGUUUGUUUGGUCUACGGAGCUUGGAAGUUGUUCAGUUGCUACACUGGAAGACAACGAUACUAUCCCCAUGUUAGAAGAAAAUUUGAUUUAAUGCAGAUAUUCGGCAGCUACGGUCUGUUGAAUUUAUUCUUUCCCUACAACGGAUUAAUUAGUUCUAGAGAUUUGAGAGGAAGAUAUCUGCUGAAAGAUAUUUAAUUUAUUUAAAAGGCUCGAUAUUUUUGCUUAGUUAAAAAAUCAUGAUAACUAUAAAAUUAGCCGACGUUCUACAAUGAUUUU